AUGGGCUUUCCCCCCCCCAGGAACAAGGUCCUGCGGCUCUCUGGGGGGCUGGAGGCUCCGGGGGCCCUCAACUGGGAGGUGACCCUGUGUCUGCUGGCCUGCUGGGUGCUGGUCUACUUCUGUGUCUGGAAGGGGGUCAAGUCAACAGGAAAGGUCGUGUAUUUCACCGCUACAUUCCCCUACGUGGUCCUCGUCGUGCUGCUGGUGCGUGGCGUGCUGCUGCCUGGAGCCUUGGACGGCAUCGUCUACUAUCUCAAGCCUGACUGGUCGAAGCUGGCGUCCCCUCAGGUGUGGAUAGAGGCCGGGACCCAGAUUUUCUUUUCUUACGCCAUCGGCCUGGGGGCCCUCACGGCCCUGGGCAGCUACAACCGCUUCAACAACAACUGCUACAAGGAUGCCAUCAUCCUCGCACUCAUCAACAGCGGGACCAGCUUCUUCGCUGGCUUCGUGGUCUUCUCCAUCCUGGGCUUCAUGGCCGCGGAGCAGGGCGUGCACAUCUCCAAGGUGGCGGAAUCAGGGCCUGGCCUGGCUUUCAUCGCCUAUCCCCGAGCCGUCACGCUGAUGCCCGUGGCCCCGCUCUGGGCUGCCCUGUUCUUCUUCAUGCUGCUGCUGCUUGGCCUCGACAGCCAGUUUGUAGGUGUGGAAGGCUUCAUCACCGGCCUGCUGGACCUCCUCCCGGCCUCCUACUACUUCCGUUUCCAAAGAGAGAUCUCCGUGGCCCUCUGCUGCGCCCUCUGCUUUGUCAUUGAUCUCUCCAUGGUGACCGAUGGCGGGAUGUAUGUCUUCCAGCUGUUUGACUACUACUCGGCCAGCGGCACCACCCUGCUCUGGCAGGCCUUCUGGGAGUGCGUGGUGAUCGCCUGGGUGUACGGAGCCGACCGCUUCAUGGACGACGUGGCCUGCAUGAUCGGGUACCGACCUUGCCCCUGGAUGAAAUGGUGCUGGUCUUUCUUCACCCCGCUGGUGUGCAUGGGCAUCUUCAUCUUCAACACGGUGUACUACAAGCCGCUGGUCUACAACAACACCUACGUGUACCCGUGGUGGGGCGAGGCCGUGGGCUGGGGCUUCGCGCUCUCCUCCAUGCUGUGUGUGCCCCUCCACCUCCUGGGCCGCCUCCUCAGGGCCAAGGGGACCGUGGCUGAGCGCUGGCAGCACCUGACGCAGCCCGUCUGGGGCCUCCACCACUUGGAGUACAGAGCUCAGGACUCGGAUGUCAGGGGCCUGACCACCCUGACCCCAGUGUCUGAGAGCAGCAAGGUGGUGGUGGUGGAGAGCGUCAUGUGACAGGUGCCCCGGCUCACGUCACCAGCUCACCCUCUCGUAGCCAUAGCAGCCCCUGCUCCAGCCCCCCACCCCCCCCAGGGGGCUUGCCUUUCCCUGACACCUACGGGGUCUGCCUGGGGGGUGGGGAGGGGAGGAAGCACCAGAGUGCUUAUAACUAAAAUAACUUUUUCCAUUUUUAAUAAAAUGCCAAAAAUGUCACGACCCACCAAAAAUAGAUGCCUCCCCCACCCCA